AUUGUUAUUGUUGCUGUUUACGUUUUACGUCAUUCCGAGUUUCGGUUUGUGGUGUUGUUUUCCGCCGAGGUAAAUUAUACUUUAGAUACUAUUUUCACAGUGUAGGUAAUAAGAGUUGCCAUGAGUUAUCCAGCCUCUACACCUAGUGCACCUCCACCAGGCCUCAAUCCUCAAUUUAUACCUGGAGAUCCAAGUGCUCCUCCUGGCUAUCCACCACCUGCAGGUUAUCCACCUUCAGGAGGUUAUCCGCCAUCAGGAGGUUAUCCACCUUCAGGAGGUUAUCCACCAUCAGGAGGUUAUCCACCUUCAGAAGGUUAUGCACCUUCUGGGGGAUAUCCACCUGCUGCAGGUUAUCCACCUUCACAACCAAUGGAUGCUUACCCACCUCAAGGUGGUGGUUAUCCGCCUUCACAACCAAUAGAUCCCUAUCCUUCCCAAGGAGGUGGUUAUCCUCCUUCUGGUUAUCCCCAACCUGGUGGAUAUCCACCAGGUCCAAUGAUUAAUCAACCUACUCCUGGUCCAGGUUAUCCAUCUCCAAAUGCUAUGCAACCUUCUGGUGAUGGAAAUUGGAUGCCUGUUCCAACUGGUGUUCCUGUAUGUCCUCCCGGACUAGAAUAUCUCACUAUGAUUGAUCAAAUGAUUGUACACCAAAAAGUGGAAAUGCUUGAAGCUAUAAUUGGCUUUGAAACUAAGAACAAAUAUUCUAUUAAAAAUAGUAUGGGGCAAAAAAUGUACACAGCAAAAGAAGAUACCGAUUGUUGCACAAGGAUGUGUUGUGGGCCUAAUCGGCCAUUUGAAAUGAAAAUUAAGGACAAUGCUGGCAAUGAAAUUAUACAUUUUCACAGAGAAUUGCGAUGUGAUUCGUGUUUAUGUCCAUGUUGUCUUCAGCGAUUAGAAGUUAUGUCACCUCCUGGUUCACUCGUAGGAACUGUGGAACAAGACUGGUCAAUUUGUGUACCAAAAUUUUCAGUUAAGGAUGCAUCUGGAACUACCGUUUUAAAGAUUGAAGGUCCAGUGUGUACUUUCUCAAUCUGUGGUGAUGUUGAGUUUGAGGUUCUUUCGACUAAUGGCGUUAAAGUUGGCAAAAUCACAAAGCAGUGGUCUGGAUUAUUAAGGGAAGCCUUCACAGAUGCUGAUCAUUUUGGUAUAACAUUUCCCAAUGAUCUGGAUGUCAAAAUGAAGGCUGUCCUUUUGGGUGCAUUAUUUCUGAUUGAUUACAUGUUUUUUGAAAAAACUGGAAAUAAAGAACAAGAUAGGCCUGGAAUGCUUUAAAAAGGUCCACUUCUUUAUCUUCAUUAGUAUUUUCUUACAUGGAAAUGUUUCUUUUUUUAUUUUAGAGAUACGUUUUAUUUGUAUUUUUCCACUUCUGUAUGUAAUGAUAAAAUAUUAAAUAUGAUGAUAAUGAGAUUUGCAUAAAUACGUACUUUUACAAUUCUAUAUGUAUCUAAUUAAAAAAUAGGCAUAAUUUUUGAUUAUUUUAAAAUGUCCUUGUAAGAUUUCAUGUUAUUUACAUGCUUUUACAAUUUACGCUUACUGUGGAUAAUUUAGUAAUUGUAAUUUGUAAGCCUUAACCUUAUUGGUAAACAAUAUCUUGAUAAAAAUUAUUGCUUCAUUGUUCAUGGUAGUAUACGUAGAAGUUGGUUUAUUAAUUUUGUAAUUAGUUUCAUUGCACUAUUUUCAUAUUUUCAUCUUUUUUUCAUUGCAUUUAAGUAAGAGAUCAGUUUGAGAUUGUUUCAAAAAAUUACUUGUAUCACAUAUUGCCUUCCUACUGAUCAAAACUGAUGAUGUUUACAAAAUAUAUUUGAGCUUCUAAAAACUUAGUAAAAUGUUAAAGUGAAGCAUUGAUAAUUUUUGUAAAAAUGUAAAUAUAAAUUAUAAUUAACA